AGUAUCAGAAGAGCACAAAUUACCCUCCAAGGCACACGUGUUUAUACUUGCUCUCUAGUAUUGUCAGUUUAGGUUGAGAAAAUAUAUUUUGAGAGCACUUCUGUGGUGUUCACUUUUGAUUUUAUAAAUAGCUGAGAACAUAUUUAGCGCAUUACCUUCAACUGGUUGUAGAGGAUGGGGUUGACAUCAGCUGAUCCUAGGGGCAACAUGAAACGCAGCACAAUGUCGUUGUGGAACAGAGCACAGCAGCUACCCCCGGAUGACCUCCGUCGGGUCCAAGGUAUAUAUGGUGAACAGUUCCCCAUUGAGGUGCGACACUACCUGGCAGUAUGGAUAGAAGACAAGAUGCAGCAGUGGAAUGAAAUUGAUCCAGAUAAUCCAAGCCAUACUCAGUAUGCCCAGUCCUUAGUGUCCCAGCUCAUACAGGAAAUUGAAAACAAAGCUCUAAGUUAUGCAAACAAUGAAGACCUAUUCCUUGUCCGUAUGCGUUUAGAUGAAGCAGCAACCUCCUUCAGGACAAGGUACCUGAACAGCAAUCCUCUCGGGCUAGUGGGCAUCAUACGCCAGUGCUUGAACACUGAACACAAUCUUGUUCAACAGAAUGAAAAUAUGUUAGGAGGAGGUGUUUCACAUGCAACAAACAUGGUCAUAGAACCAUGUGCAGAAAUUGAGCAGGAGUUAAGGAUACUUCAUGAACGUACACGGGAAACGGCAAAUGAACUGAGACAUUUGGAACAAGAGCAAGAAUCAUUUGCCUUACAGUACCAUGACUGUGCAAAAAUUAAUGCUCACCUAUCCCACAUUCAAAGCCAGGAGAGAACGCAACAGAAUCGAGAGAUGGAACAGAGCCUUCGGAGACGGAAAGAGUUAGGGGAGCAACAGUUGGCACAGAAGGUGUCAGGGCUAUUGCAGCUCCGCAUGGCUCUGGCAGAUAAGCACAAAGGUACCAUUGAUCGCUUAAAUAGUCUUCAGCAGCGCAUCCUAGAUGAGGAGUUAAUUAAUUGGAAGAGAGACCAGCAGAUGCAUGGGAAUGGUAAACCUUUUAAUCCAAACAAAUUAGACCAGAUACAAGAAUGGUGUGAAGCACUAGCAGAAAUUAUAUGGCUCAAUCGACACCAAAUAAAAGAAUGUGAGCGACACCAGACUAAGAUACCCAUAGCUCCUCCUGGCGGAGUUGACAUGCUGCCAACUCUCAAUUCCCACAUUACUCGUCUCUUGUCAUCACUGGUUACCAGUACAUUUAUUAUUGAAAAACAGCCACCCCAAGUGAUGAAGACAAACACACGCUUCACAGCAACUGUCCGUUUACUUGUGGGAGGCAAAUUAAACGUGAACAUGACCCCACCCCAGGUGCGAGUUUCUAUCAUCAGUGAAGCCCAGGCUAAUGCCCUUUUGAAGAAUGACCAAAUGAACAAGGGGGAACAGUCUGGUGAGAUCCUGAACAACACUGGAACUAUGGAGUAUAACCAGACUUCAAGGCAGCUUUCAGUUAGUUUCCGUAAUAUGCAGCUGAGGAAGAUCAAGCGAGCUGAGAAAAAGGGCACAGAGUCAGUGAUGGAUGAGAAAUUCUCCCUGCUUUUCCAGUCACAGUUCAGUGUAGGAGGCGGAGAACUUGUUUUCCAAGUGUGGACUCUGUCUUUGCCAGUUGUAGUCAUUGUCCAUGGCAAUCAGGAGCCUCAUGCUUGGGCGACAGUGUCAUGGGAUAAUGCCUUUGCAGAACAAGGCCGUAUUCCAUUUACUGUCCCGGAAAAGGUACCAUGGCCACAGAUUGCAGACAUGCUAGACACCAAAUUCAAAGCUGCCACUGGAAGGGGACUAACAGAAGACAACCUGAAAUUCUUGGCUGGAAAAGCCUUUAGGAAUCCACAAGUCCAAGAUUUUACAAACAUGAUGCUCUCAUGGUCCCAGUUCUGCAAGGAGCCCCUGUCUGAGCGAAACUUCACAUUUUGGGAGUGGUUCUUUGCAGUGAUGAAGGUCACAAGAGAACACCUGCGCCAGCAGUGGAACGAUGGCUCCAUCAUGGGUUUCGUGGGUCGACGCCAGGCAGAAGAAAUGCUUAAGAAUUCCAAGUCAGGCACUUUCUUGCUCCGUUUCUCCGACUCUGAAUUGGGAGGGGUGACAAUUGCCUGGAUGUAUGAAGAUACAACUAAAGCCUGUCAGCGUGAUGUUUUCAUGCUGCAGCCAUUCACCAGUAAAGCCUUCGCCAUCCGUCCUCUAGCUGAUGUGAUCGCUGACUUGAAUUACCUCCUUUACCUAUAUCCGAAUGUGCCUAAGGAUCAAGCCUUUGGAAAGUACUACACACCCCUUGGAGAGCAACAGCCCACUACUAAUAAUGGUUAUGUAAAGCCACAACUAAAGACCCAUGUACCAGGAUGGUCAGGCGAUCCCAUGGAUUCAUAUCCCAACACACCACAAACUAUGUAUGGUGGCAUGGGUGGCCCUCCGUCCGUUAGUUCAAAUCCAUCUGACUGUGUCUCAACAGUGCCAACGUACAACGAGUGUGAAUAUGAUCAAUUCCUGGAGAACCUGUCUGAAGCUGAUUUCCCUGAUAUGAACUUCGACUUUCUUCAGACCAACUUCAUGAAGCCUCAGUGAAGUUUGGAAAAAUGUUCACCUGCAUUUGUAAUAGAAAAUGUUUGUUAAGAUAUAUACAUAUAUAUUUUUAACAGAAAGGAUUGAAUUUUGAGGAAAUAUAAAUCAAAAGAAAGGAAUUUUUGUGGGGCAGGGGGGUCUAGUGAUUUAUUGAAAUCAUUGUGAAAUUUUUACUCUUGAAAGUUUUUCAAUUUAUCUCCAGAAGAGAAAGCUGAUGAAAAUAAAAAUAGAUACAUAGAGAAAAUAUGGGAAAAAAAGGAAAAGAAAAAAGUAUGGACAAGGUGUAUCUUGAUAGUAAGGUUUCUUAUAUUAUAAUGAUUUUAUUAAGCAUAAAGAUUACUUGUGGUAUUACAUAUUAGAAUCAUACUGCAUAUAUCUUCCCUUUAAGAUUAUUGUAUUUAUGUCAUAUAUGAAGACCCUGCCCAGUGUUUGGAAGAUGAACAAUUAUCUGAAUGAUUUUGCCUCUAAUUGUAUGGAGUAGAUGGAGUAUCAAGUUAAUGCUUAAGAGAUUAUGAUUAUUGUCAUUAUUUAGAUAUUUACUUUGUUUUAGUUUUUGUGUUUUUUGUUUCUUUCUUUUCUUUUCUUUUCUUUUGGCAUAAUGAACAUUAUGAAAUUGAAGUCACUCUGAUGCAGUGACUUCAAUAUAUAUAAGAAUGAUUAUUGUAAUUUUGUUAUUGAUUUCUUUUUCUUUUUUAUAGAAAAAUAUUAUUAAUCUCUUUUUUUCUUUCUUUCUUUUCUUUCUUCCUGCUUUUGAUGUCACACCACAUUUUUGCUUUUAUUGUUAUUAUAUGGUUGGUGUAUAUGUGUGACCCUAAACCAUACCAAAAAAAACUUUGGGUCUCUUUGUUUUUGCAAUUGUAAAGUAUACAUACUUACAUGUAGCACUGUAUAUACUGUAAUGCUGAUUGUUUACCCUCUAUGCUAGGGCCAUUUUGAACUUUUACUUAAAAAGGUAUCCUGUGUGCAUUAACUUGCAUCUUUUCAUUGAUUUCAUCCUCAUGAAGAAUGUAAUGGCUGGGUAGAAAGCAGAUAUAUUGACUGUUGUUUGGA